AUGCUCAAGUGCAUGGCAGGCCGCCCGGCGGCCGGGAACCAAGACGUCUUUGCCAAGUCUCCGACGGGUCUUCCGAGCGCCGUCUGGGAAAAUGAGUUUAGCGUCCUUUUCAAUGGGCGCAAGCCCGUCGGGCUCGGCUUUGUCGCCGCCAACGUCGCGACGCCGCAUGGCACGUACACGUGCGUCGUGCAGCACGUCAUUAACGCCAAGGUCCACGCUAACCACGCUUUCGACCACAACGAGCACUGCUACUUGAGCUGUAACCUCAAGCGUGUCAUCAUGCCUGGCCUCGUCAUUCGCGGCAUCAACGACCUCGACGUGCGCGAUACGAGUUUUGACGUUGUCGUCGCCAAGGUCAAGACGGCCAAGCGGCCACUUUUGCUCACAUUUGCCGACCCCAAGUCGGCCGACGUCACUGCGAAAGACGAGCAGCCCGCGCUGCCCGACGAUAGCGAUCUACGCGAGCGCAAGCUCCAAGAUGAAAUCAUCGACUUGCGCACGCGGCUCGACGAGAGUAGUCGGCAGCGGGACGAGGCGCUCGCUCAGCUCGAGCUCUUUAAAAAGUGGAACGAUUCGCUUCUCGCAACCAACACCGAGAUGGACGCGACGACGUCGGCGCUGCACGAGCGCAUUGCGCAAGAGCGGACAGCGUACGAAGCAAAGCAUGCACGGCUGCUGGAGCUGCAGCACGAGCGCGACCACGCCACAAGCAAGCUCCACGAGCUCCGCGUGGAGAAUGCCAGCAUGGCCACGCGAGCCGACGACCUGCAUGCGCGCCUCGAGGCCGCGCAGCAAGCCAAGCGAGCUUCCGAUAUGAAACUCGCAGCGCUCGAGACCGCACGGCUCGAAGACCUUCGGGCAAUGGAGGCGCUUCGGCGCGAGAUCCACGACGAAGACGACGCGACAACGGAGCUCGAUAAGCUCAUGGCGACCGAGCAAGGCAAUGCGACCUCGGCCACGUCCGCAAGCGUCAAGCAGCAACAUUUGGACAUACUCGCCUCAGUCCGGCAACAGCGCAAGGAGCACGAACAACACAAGGCCGAUCUCGAGGCGAAGCUCCAAGCGCAUGCUGACCACGUCAAGAGCGUCAUCUUGGACCUCGAGCACCAGCGACAAGCCCAAGCGGUGGCCCAAAAAGUGAUCACGUCGCUGCCACCAGCUGUGGUCACAGCGUCGCACGAGGUCCAGACCGACGCGUUGCCCGAGCCCAAUGCCGCGUGGACGGAUAAAAAGCUGGCGCUGACCAACCGAAUUCACGAGUUGGAGGCGGAGCUCGAGGCCGAGAGGCAAAUUGAAGCGUCGCUGAGCGAUACGAUUGCAGGAGCAUCGGCGAUCGAGGCAGCGCGCGCGGCCCGCGACCAAGCCAAGCUCCUCAUCCUUCGGCGCUUCAUGACGCAGCUGUCGACAACGGGCAUCCUUGUGCAAAAGCAUGGACGCAUGGGCGCAGCGCACGCUCGCUUCUUGUAUGCUGACGCAGCAGGGCACUGGCUGAGCUGGAUGAGCAUCGACGAGGCAAAGAAGGAAGGCGCGUUCCAGCACCCGCGCAAGCAAACCACGAUCGAGCUCAAGCUCAUCGUCGACAUCUUGCCCGGCAAGCAGACGCAUGUCUUUCACCGCACGUCGGCGACACCGGCGAACCGGUGCUUCUCUCUUAUCUGUGCCAAGCCGUGCCGCACCAUCGACAUGGAGACCGAGACGCCCGAGCAAUGCCAGCGGCUCAUUCAGGGCUUCCGCCUCAUCCGCCAAGCAUUUCUGGACCACGGCGCGGUCGUGCUCUAA